UUCGUUGACGUGUUGUAAAUAUUUGAACAUUCUAUAAAAAUACACAAUUUGGUCUCACUAUUAUAAUGGCUUUUGCACCAGAAUUGAGAACUCAUGCACAACAAGUUUGCACUCUUUACAAAAUGGCUAUGAGAAAUCUAGAAGCCUAUUACGUAGAAAGACGUGUGGUUCGGUACCAUCAAGUGAUCCUUAGAAAACAAUUCGACGAUAACCGCUGCGUAUGCGAUCCAAAAGAGCAACGGCGACUACUGUGGAUCGGGCAACACGAGCUGUUCUUGAAGAAACAUCCCAUACCAUGUGCCAAGUUUCCUAAGUCUUUGGGGAUAGCAGCAGGCGUAGCACAUGGGCGCAUAUCGGAAUCUCCAGAUUGGGUUUUAGAUUACUGGCACCCGCUAGAAAAAGCUCAAUAUCCUGAAUACUUCAAGACUCGUGAGAAAAGGAAAUGUGAAUAUAUUGAAAAGUGGAAGUGUGGAAUAUUAUAUUAAUUCUGAUUAUAUAUAAUUAAAGAUAUUUAUUGAAGACCUAUUAAAGACA